AUGAUGGCUGGCGUUGUCCCACUUGUUGCUAGGAUGACUCUGGUCCACUUGGUUCUGACUUGGGGCACGAAUAAUGCGAAAACCGCUGCGCUGUCGGAAUCUGAUCUCCAAGAUCGAGAAAGGGGGAGCCGGCUUGUCCUGGCAGCGAGAAUAUUCUAUGCUAUUUACAUCUGGAUGGCCAAAUACACUGUCUGCGAGUUCCUGAAGCGCCUAACAGGCAUGGUAUGGACACGGGCUUUCCAGAUAGCACUUCGAGCAGUUGAGUAUUUUCUUGCCAGUACUCUCGCCGCGGUGAUAAUCGCGACACUUGUAGAAUGCAAGCCAUUCAACCACUACUGGCAGGUCGUUCCAGACCCCGGCCCGCAAUGCAGACUGGGAUAUGCCAACCUGUUAACCAUGGGAGUGUGUGACAUUCUAACCGAUAUUUUCCUUGUGGUACUCCCCGUCUCGCUCUUUCUGGCAUCAGCCAUGUCGCUGAAACGGAAAAUUCAGCUGGCUCUUCUCUUUGCCUCGUCACUCCUUCUGGUUGGUAUCACGGGAUACAGAGUGCCGGCGGUGAUUGACCGAAAUGGGCUGCAAAGCUUUCGGUCCCUACUCGCCUCUUUCGAGAUCCUUGCCGCCACAUCUGUCUCCAACUUUGUAGUCAUUGGCUCUUUUCUCCGUGACCGCGGUAUCAAGAAGGCCAAAUACAAACGAGCAGAAGGAUCGCUUUCGGCAAUUGAUAGCGUUGAUACUACCUCGGUGAGACGAGCUACAAUUACAAAACAUCACUGGGGGAGUGAUGCGGACCUUGCCAAUGGCCUAGGUAUCCGGCUCAACCCUGAGCUGUAUGCGGUACAAAACUACAUGAUACGUCCUGCGCCCGUCGUGCACGGAGCCAAUAAACCGGAUAGUAAAUGCGAGAGUGAUUCGAGAAGCAUGGACAGCUACACCAUGACGAGUAGUAGUUUGGACGCAAACAACAAGACAACAGCACCGCCACCUCAAUUUGUUGCUAUCAACAAGCCAGCAAUAUCCAAGAUUUCACCGCGAAGUGUGUCAUUAUAUGACGUGGGCGGUCUAUUGAGCGAGUCUACACUGCCGUUGCAUCAAUCUGUCGAGAGCAUCAGCAUUUCACCACAGGAAACACAAACCUCUACUUGCCCUCAAAUACCACCAAUAUACACACUUCCACCUGAUAAUGGGGAAGUGACCAGGCCCUUUCUUCAGGAUGUGGGUGGCCUCAUAAUUCCACGACACGACGUAUUUAACGCUGCUUCCACUAUAAACCGAUCCGAAGACAAUGUCAACGGACAUUGUGUCGAUUAA